GUGUUAUUUAGAACAGUGUAAUUAUUGUCUUACAGCUAUAUUUAAUUUGAUAAUUUAGAACAAGUUUUAAAUAAAAAUAGGUAUGAUUUGUAGAACGUAUUUCCAAUGUUCUUCCGCCAUAUUGGUUUUAGCAGGGUACUGAACGACAAAACUGCAAGGAUGCUGGUUUCUCAUCUUCUAACAAAUGGGAAACAAAUUCGUGUUAUCCUGAGGCGCAAUAUAGGAAUAUGUGCUCCAGUCCUACAAAAAGCAACAGAUCCAAUUCAGCAACUCUUUAUUGAUAAGAUCCGUGAAUAUGCCAAGAAAAGCAGUGCUGCAGGAGGAAAGCUUGUUGAGCCAACACCUGAAACUGAACGAGAGCUGGCUGCAGAAUUAGAAAAGGUGGCAAAACAGUAUGGUGGAGGUGAAGGUGUUAACAUGACACAGUUUCCCACCUUUCAGUUUAAAGAACCGGAAAUCGAUCCUAUUAAUCUGGAAAAGUAAUUAGAUAUGGUUGUGUGUUUUUCCGUUGAAUAGUUAUCAUUGUGCUUUAAUAUGUAUAAAUAACAGUUAAUUUCUAAUAAAAUGUAAUAUCCAUACCAAGAGGUCAUAGUUAUCUUUAUAUCUAAAUGUACAUUGCCAUGAAGGUGUAAAUAAAGUUCCACAUGUUCAUAAUCUUCACAAUA